AUGGCUGGCAGCAAUGACCAGCUCGAUCCCGUAUGGGAUGACGCGAACAAAACAUUGGGGCAGUUGUUCAUGAUGGGCUUCGAGGGCACUACCGUAACGCCCCAGAUUCGGAAGCUCAUUCAAGAGCAUCAUCUCGGCUCGAUUUUGCUGACCGCGAAAAACUUGAAGUCUGCGAAGCAGUGUACAGAGCUUGUGCUUGAGCUUCAGAGAACUGCAUAUGAGGCAGGUCAUCCGGUUCCGCUGUUGAUAGGACUAGAUCAAGAAAAUGGUGGAGUCAACAGCCUAUUCGAUGAGAUCUACAUCCGCCAGUAUCCUUCCGCCAUGGGCUUGGCGGCUACAGGAUCAAAGGAAAUUGCCUACCAAGUAGCGAAAGCGACUGCAGAGGAGAUCGCAGCAUGUGGGCUUAAUCUGAUGAUGGGGCCCUGCCUCGACGUACUGACAAAUGCCCGAAACCAGCCCCUGGGUGUCCGAACCACAGGCGAUGACCCACAGGAAGUGUCCGCAUAUGGUAUUGCAUUCAUGARGGGCUAUAAAGAUGCCGGGGUCAGCACUAUGGGCAAGCACUUUCCAUCAUAUGGCAGUCUCGAGUUUCUCGGUUCUGCAUUGGACGUCCCGACCAUUACCGAGAGCUUGGAGUCGCUGAGUUUGAAUGCUCUUGUGCCGUUUCGCAAUGCCAUCAAAGAGGGUCUGGACGCCAUGAUGGUGGGUGGAUGCGCCAUGUCUUCCGCGGGUCUGAAUGUGAUGCAUGCCUGUCUAUCGGAGCAAGUUGUGAACGACCUGCUGCGAAACGACCUUCACUUCGAUGGCGUCGUCAUCUCCGAUUGCUUGGAGAUGGAGGCGUUGAGCCACAACAUCGGUGUCGGUGGUGGGACUGUCAUGGCCAUUAACGCAGGCUGCGACAUCGUUCUCCUAUGCCGUUCUUAUACACACCAGCAGGAAGCAAUUGAAGGCUUCAAGCUCGGGGUCGAGAACGUAAUGAUUUCGAAAGACAGACUCCGGCAGUCUCUAAGAAGGGUGCUCGAUAUGAAAGCCAAGUGCACGUCCUGGGAGAAAGCGUUGCAUCCGCAGGGCAUUCCUCUCCUAUCCCAUCUGCAACCAUCUCAUACGACACURUCAACAAAGGCAUACAACUCUUCCAUCACGGUUGUGCGGGACAAAAAUCGACUUUUACCGCUAACGAAUAUCAUGGAGCCGGAGGAUGAACUGCUUCUCCUGACGCCUCUAGUGAAGCCUUUGGCCGCAUCGGCCGCUUCGCGCCAGCUAUCCGAGCAAGCGUCCAAUGGGUCUCCAGAACCAGGCGUGUGGGAACGUAGUGCGUCUGUUAUGAGUGGGGAGAGAGUCUUCCGCGAACUUGGCAGGUCACUGGCUAGACAGCGCAGUGGCCGUGUGCUGCACACGUCCUAUACAGCCAAUGGUGUACGACCUCAGCACGAAAAUUUGAUCAGCCGUGCCAGUGCAAUAAUCAUUGUUACAGCCGAUGCCAAUCGCAAUCUGUACCAGCACGGCUUUACAAAGCACGUCUCGAUGAUUUGCAACAUGCACUAUACGUCUGGAGGCGAGAAAAGGGAGAAACCUCUGGUCGUAGUAUCAGUCAGCUCGCCAUACGACUUUGCAUUGGACCAAAGUAUAGGAACAUACGUUUGCACGUACGACUUCACGGAGACGGCGCUUAUGUCGUUGGUAAAAGUCCUCUACGGAGAUUUUGCUCCUGCGGGAGCAUUACCUGGAACGCUGAGCCAGAGCCAAAAACUUUCCCAGUCAAAGCAGCACUGGCUCGUGGAGUCUUUCAACGAGGAGAGAGACUCUCAUGCUUUGGAUAUGCUAAUCAAAGCGUCRGUCGACGUCAACGCACCUGGAUCGCACUCGGAGCUCGCAAGCGCAACUUCAAACUCGUUCCUACUACACAACCCUGAGAUAUUGGAGGCGCAUUUCGUUGUGCGCAAUAGUAGCACGCAGGCAUUGUAUGGCUACUGUGCGACGUACUUCUUCAAAGCUACUGGCACAGGAGUCAUCGGAGCCAUCUUUGUAGACCAAAGUCGAAGGAAACUAUCGAUUGGACACUCUCUUCAUAAUCGAGCCAUCCGAACGCUUCUUCAGCGAGAAGGUGUCAAGCGCUUCCAACUAGGCUCCCGUCUCCCAAGUACUUACCUCGGUAUUCCGACCGGAAACGGAGGCGAAAGAAAGCGUCUUCGAUCUUGGUUCGCCAAUCUUGGCUGGAACACUGCACUGUCUCGGUCGGUGUGUAGCAUGGUCGCCCGCAACCUCUCCACCUGGUCGCCACCGGAUGGGAUGGCGAAGAGUCUACAAAGUGCUGGUGUAAACUUUGACUUGGUCUACGGAUGGGACUAUGCUGGUCCGGUCCUCGACCAUAUCAAGACGAACAACAGACAGGGACUUGCGGAGGUGUAUAAACUCGCACUCGCAGAUCCUGUUGCGUGCGGCAUCAUUCGCGCCAAACGUCCCGAAGACGGUGCUUUGGUGGGUACAGUCGUGCUCUACAACAUGCAAUCUCAACUCGCCGAGUUUGUACCCAGUAUCAAGAGUCUCGGCGAGCUUGCAGGCGGGAUUUCUUCACCUGUCAUCAGCCCGUCGGUUGGAGAGUAUUCCACUCUACUUCAAGGCUUGAUUCUACUUGGAAUGCGACAGAUAAAGCAGCAAGGAUGCAAUGCUUGUGUUCUGGACUAUAUGGAUGGCGACGGCAAUUUCGACGGCCUGAGUGCCAUGGGUUUCAGCGUACUGCACAACUUUGAAGAAGUGAGUUGUGAUGCCGCGACUUGGACAAUGGUUCCUCCGUCAUAG